CAUUAAGAAUCGGAGAAUGUCUUUGGACGCAUCUAGCUCUUCGACUUUGGCUCCAUCUCCUAUUGACAGCCUUUUGCAUAUACCUUUAACUGGAUUUAAGUCGUUCAGUUUUCUAAUAGGCAAAUCUUCUAGUUGUCAUCGUCCACUGAAUCAGGAACUUUCAAGUUUUAGAAUGGGAAAAUCGGCAAAGAUUGCACGCCAGUCUCCUGUGAUUCGCAAGUCGAUCGAGAAAGGAAAAACACAAACGUUAUCGCAAAAACAAAAGGCGCAAAGAAACUUGAAAAAGAUAAAGUCAUCGAAGAGAGCUGCCAAAAAAACCGCAAUCUUGGAGUAUUCAGGGAGGAAAGGAGGUGACGACGAUUGAUAUAAGAUCCAGUAAGAAUCUACUU